AUGUCAACACCUGAAGACGACGAUCCAUACAAUGCACGCAUAGAAAAGACUGGAUGUGCCGAAGAAAACGAGAUUCUCCAAUUAUGCUUUUACGACAAAAAAGACUGGCGGCUUUGUAAAGAAGAGAUGCAACGGUUCAGAAAAUGUUUCCAAAAUAACCAACAAAAUGCUGGAAGCAAAGCCUUGGCCCAAUCCGAAAAGAACAACAACAAACACUAG